AAGAAAGAAAAUAUUGUGCAGUGUAUACAAAAGACAAGUGAAGAAAGAAAACGAACAAAAUUGGAAGAAGACAUUUUUCUUUCAAUUCGGUAAUUUAACAGUAAAUAAUUGCAAUUAAUUAUAUAUUUUUUAACUAGCAAAAGAAUUCUAAAAUAAUGAAAGUAUAAGAAAAUAAAUCAAAUAUUUUGUUGACAAAAUAUUUAAACAAAAAAAAAACUGAAAUGAAAGAUUAAACCUGCCUGCAACAUACAAGGAAGCGUAUUAAAAGAAAACACUUUAACAUUACCAAUAAUAAGUGCAGCUGCUGCUGAUUAAUUAUUUACAAUAUAAAAAAAUAUAAUAUAUUUUCUAACUGAAAAGUAUAAAAAAAGAGAACAAUUAAUAGCAGAAAGUGAAAAGAAAAAGAAUUUGUGCAGAGGGCAAACGUUGCACUUAAAUACUCCAUUACCACUGAGUGGUUUGGUUGGUUGAUUGUUGCCUGAAGCAAUCAAAUUUCCCUCUAAUCCUUCCACUAUAUCGCAUCUACUGUUUUAUAUAUAUAUUUUUUCGACUGUUAACCUGUUUGCCUAGAGUGGAUAUGAAUUGUACAUUGACAAGAUGGGGAGAGUUACCAUCAUUGGUAUUGGGCCAGAUUUACGAAUAUUUAGAACCUCAUGAUCGCCUUAAUGCCAGUCAAACGUGCAGACAUUGGCGCAGCGUUUUAUUUCAAAAGAGAUUUUUUCUUAAUUCAAAAUUUAAAUUACAUAUUGACAACGAUCGUCAGUGCAAAUUCUUUCGCCAUACUUUAUACAAUCUGACGAACGAGCUAAUUAUUAUAUUCGAUUUUAUAAAUGUUUUCCAUAUUGAAAAAAUACGACGCAUCUUAUACAAAGUUGCACGAUGUGAUAGUUUACAAGGUUUACGUUUUCAAACAAACAAUGUGGGUCUAACGCCACCCGGUGAUAUAAGUGAAGAGAGUCUAGUCGAUAUUGAACAACUCUUUGUUGAACCAUUGAAAAUAUUUUUAAAUCGCAAGAAAACCGCCUGUAAAAUAUUGGACUUAGGUGCAAUUGAAGCUUUAACUUAUUAUGGUUUAGAUUUCCUAAAAUCUUUGAGCCGGCCUCAAGAAUUAAACGAACUAACAUUGGCCUCCAUCAAAUAUGAUCCUAGUCAUUAUCCCAUGUUCGCCAUGGAGAAUACACUAUUGCAAAAAUGUUCAUCACUACAAGUACUUUCACUCGAUUACGAUACGCUCAACGAAGAACUGUUGCAUACAUUAAAAGUUUUACCAUUAAAGAAAUUUUUAAUAUGUGUUCACGGUUUGGAUCGUCAUCAUCCCGGUAUAUCGGAGAGAGCAUGGUCAGAAUUUUCUGCAAAUUUCAAUAAUAUCGAAUUGAUUGUAACACUUAUCUAUGCCUUCGAAGCUGUUGAAGUCUUGCAAAUGCGUAUCUUAAGACAAAAUAUGCCAAUAACACAUUUGCGUGUAUUAUUCUGUGAUUAUAUGAAUGUUGAUGCAUUGGAAUGGAUUUCUUUAAAUAAUAGCCGCACUUUAAAAAGUAUACAAUGGAUUGAUUCCGCCUACAAACAUUCCGAUAAAAAUAUUAUGGACUUAUUUUUACGCUCCGGACAAGAUCCAUUUAUAAUGAUGUCUUGGCGUUGCAAGAAUUUAGAAGAAAUUGUCAUACACGGUUAUGUUUUGGAUCCCCAUAACAUUGUUGGCAUUUCUCGUUUACGUGGCCGUACCUUAAAACAUUUAGAGGUAUCAAUGAUUGAUAAUGCUCCCACUGAAGCCAACAUCGAUUCCUUUAUAGAAGAAAUCAAUACAUUGUUGGGGCAAAAAUGGGAACCUUCGAAUCUUAAUAAUAUGCAUCCAGCACUAGGCUAUAUGCCUGUAGCAGAUGAUGUACGUGAUGAAUAUGUCUUCGAUCUCAUACGACGUGAUAUUUCCAAUUAAAACUGGAAACAAAUAUAAACAAAUAAGAAAAAACUCAAAAUCCAUAAACAAAUUUUACACUUUUUAAGAAAAAUUUGUUAAAUUAAACUUUUUUGUGAUUAAGCGCAGUAUAACACACACAAAAGCAACAACAACUACAGCAACUAACCUUAAAUUAACUUUGCAAUAUCUUUUUUAAUAUUAAGUGAAAAUCCCCUUAAAAAAAACAUCACUUCAAACUUAAACAACAAAACACACAAACUAUUUCAACAAAAAGUCAUGCCAAGUAAAUCAAAUCAACAACAACAACCAACGAUUUUUUGUCAUCAUCAUCAUUUAAUUUAACAUAUUAUAAACAAAGCAACAGGAUUUGCAGCAGCCGUCAUAUCUACUACAAUGAUAUUGGGUAAAUAUGUAUGUUUAAAUGUAUGUAUGUAAUUUUUUUUAUUAAGAAAAUUUCUGCAUGACAGUGAUAUAAUUAUUCUAUAAAUGAAUGAAUAAUUUUUUUAUUUUUUAUAAUUUUAUGUUUAUUUUUUAUUAUAAUUUUUUUAUAUGUGUUAAAACUAUAUGAUAUCUUUUUUUAAAUGUCCUCUAUACAAACAACAAAAAAAGAAUUUUAAGAAAUUAUUAUAUAUAACUUUUAAUUUAAUUAUAAAAACAAAAGAAAAAAACUUUAGUUUGAAAUUUACUUUUCAUUCAUGGCCAUUAGCGACAAAAGCAAAUUACAUAUAACACUGAACUGAAAAAAAAAACUAAAACAAAAGAGAAUUUUUUUUUAAAUAAGAAAAGUAAUAAAACAAAAAUAUGCCAAAUUUUAUUAAAACUUUAAAGCUAAAUUUAUGAUUUAAUUUAAACUUUUUGAAUUUUUUUAAAAUACACAAUUUUAAGAAUUGUUUUUUUGUAGUUUGGAAAAGUUCAAAUAUUAACUUUUCAUAUUAUCAUAUUUGUAUUGAAAUUAAUUUUACUUAAACUUAUUAUAAAAUUAUUACGAAACUAUUAAAAAGCUUCAGUAACACGAUUUUGAAAUAUGUUGCGAAUGCAGUAGAAAGUGUCAUUUCGAAAAUAACUUCUAAAAUGCGUUAAUGAGUCAGUAAAACUUUUUUAAUAGAUUUCCAUUUUAAAAACACGUAAUAUCUCAAUGUUCUUUCUUAUUUCCCAAAGAAAAAGAUGUUCCAAGCAAAGUUAAAUCUUGAACAACUGUUCACUCGAAAUUUGCGAAGCGUUAAGAAGUCGUAAUAUUUCCUAUUAGUUUUGUUUUCUCUUUUGGAAAAAGCUCUCUAGAAACAUUACCACUUAGUCCUUAACACGUUGACGCAAAUGACGGCUAUAGACGGUAGCGAACGGUCGUUCAUAGAUGGAAAUGAUGUGUAUAAUAUAUAUUUUUAAAAUCCUUCGAGACUAUUGCAAAAAUUAAUUGUGCAUCUCGGUAUUUUACCUUUUUUUUGAAUGAGCGUCAACGGGUUAAUAUUCCCGAGAGUAAGUUUUAAGAAACGUUAAAGAAUCUGUAACUCCAAAGAAAGAAUGUGUUGAGCAACCAGUAAUUGUUCCUUAGAACAAGUUUUACGAAGCAUUAAAAAGUUAGUAACACUUCCUCGUAAUAGGUUUUAAAUAUAAGAAACCUUGAGAAAUCAGAAAUCAUUUUAGAUGGUUUUUACACUUUUUAGUUAGUAACGCUUAGAAAUAUUCCAAGGUAAUAUAAUGUUGUUGUUGUAGCAGCUCGACUGUGUCUGAUAGUUCUUUCCUGGGGAAAAAAACUUUCGGUUGAUACAGCUGUCGCUGGGUUGACAAUCUUUGGCCGAGUAUGACUCGGGCCGUUCCGGAGCGAAGAUCCAAUUGUCGUGGGAACGAGGUAAUAUAAUCGCAUUUUUAGAUGCGAUUAAGAUGUCGCCUGUAAAGUAUAACGGUCCUUACGGGGAAUUUAGUAAAUAUUCCAUUGCAAUUUUUUUUAAAUUCCACGAAACGUGAUUAAUUUGUAAAUCUUCAUUCAAAAGAUUGUAGGAAACAUUCAUUCAGCAAGGCCUAUGCUAGUUCUGUAACAACUUCAUUUGCUUCAUUCCUUAAAAUAGCUCGCUUAUUCGAAUAAAUAGGAUUUACGAAAAGUUUGAUUGUUGUAACAAUCACAACUAUACAAUAAUCUAUUUAGAGGAUUCAGCAUUGAUGUCCAACCCUAUGUUAAGAUGAACGUGAUGCGUUCAUUAAUCUAUUGAACAAAGUGACAUGGAGUUGGCUGAGCAGUUGCAUAUGUGGUUGGUAUCACAUGGAGAUGCUAAAUAGACGGAAUUACGCCUGUUAUUGUUAACAUAGCAAUUGGAUCUUCGGAAUCAUAUUGUAUUUGUAUUAACCGAAAAUGUUUACCCCGUGAAGAACUAUCGAUCACAGUCGAAGUGUUAUAACAACAACGCCUGUUUCUCCAUUCAGGCUUCUAGGACGACGGUUUUAACGGCUUUGUUUUUGUUUUAUCAGGGACACAUUAAGUCGCUGUUUCUGUGUUGACAUUCCUUGGUCGAUUUUCGUUCUGGUGCGAAAAACCAAUUGUCCUGGGAACGAUAGCGUCCCUAUAUGAGUAGAAUUCAACCGAUGACAUCCCACAAGAAACGUUGUUCAUUUGUGUUCCUAGACAGGGAAAACCUUCGUUUCCUCGUGUGAUUUGCAAACAUACAGUUACAGUCCGUAUGGCAGCAUUUUGUCAACUUAAAAUAUAUUUUCUCUACUGAGUAUUACAAAGCGAAGAUGACUACAGCAGUUCAAUCGUUCCCACGAUAAUUGGAUCUCCUCUCCCGAACGACUCGAUUCUCAAUAUGCCAAAGAUUGUCAACUCAGCAACAGCUGUAUCAACCGAAAGUUUUUCCCCAGGGAAGAACAUCCAGACACAGCCAACCUGUUACAACUACAACAACAGCAGUUUAAUUAAACACUCAGUUUAAUUAACAGUGAGUGCUCCCGGUUAACGCUUGGUUUUUACUUCGUGAUUGCAGUAGUAGAAUGAUCUGUUGGAAUUUGUUCUCUGUCCUGUUUACGAUGCCAAGAUUUAAAUCUACUUCUUUUGUUGAGGUGGUAAAGAGUGUUGUUGACGACCUUACUAGUGACAAUUGCAGAUUUCGCGCUAGAAUGAAUUGAUGCUUUGUGUCGAUAUAACCAUUCAUCAGACCGUAUAGAAUUCUAAUUGAAGAUAUUUUAUAGGAAAUUUUAUGUUCCAGAAACAAUAGCUUCAAUCACUUGGGUCUUUUAAAUCGCUUUAAACUUGUUGAGGUUAUGACUAUUUAGAAAUGACAUAUGAAUUUCGAAAUAGACAAAUCAAAACAGUUGAAAAUCCCAUAAAUUGCCAAAUAGAAUUUUUUGCAAAAUUAACUAUUUCUACAACAGUUGCAAUCAGAACAACUUUAGGUUAUUGAACAGCAUUAUAGGAACUAAUGUAACCUAACUUCUGGAUACGGUGGAAGUACAUACUGCCAAGUACUUUUUAUGGUGAAAGUUUUUAGCACUAAAUCAUGAGUUUUUGAACUUUUCUUUCACCUCAUUCAUUAGUUAUUUUUAAGUAUUUCUGAGAACAUUUUGCUACAUCUUAAAAACUCUUUUAGAACAAGUUCCUGGAAUAUCAAUAAACUUUUAAAACAAUUUUACAAAACUAUAAAAGAACAUUCCAAAAUGUUUAAAAGUUUUUGAACAUAAAAAGGACACAAAUUGGACAAAAAACUUAGUCCAAAUUCUCACAUUAAAAAGUGAUCAAAAUUUCUAUUGAGUUUUCGAUCGCUUUUGCCAGAAUUUGCCCCCUGAUAAGGAUUUUAAGUCAGUGAAACUCAAAUAGAUUAAAUAAGAACAACAAAACCUUAAACUUAUAACUUUUCCAAACACAAUAAACUUUUCGUUAAUAUUCUAUAAGAUUUAUUUUAUUUCUUUAAAAUUUUUUUAUUACUAAACAAAAAUUUAUUAACAAAAAAACAAAAAUUUAAUAGUUUUAGUAUAAAUUAAGCUAAUAUUAUUACAUACAAAAUGAAAAACAAAAUAAUUUACUAAAAAAAUAUUAGAUAAAUAAGUCACACUACCCUUCACACACACACACACAAGACCCUUAAAUAUUAAGCUCCCAGGCAUUGUCUAAAUAAAAAAAAAUUUAAAACAAUGACAUCAAACUAAUUACAAACGUAUUACAUACAAACAAACAAACAACAACAAAAAAUCAUCUUAAAAGACUUAAGCACUUCACAAAUUAUCACGUACAACGGCGAAAUUGUGAAACCUGCUAUAAAAAAAACAACAAACAAACAAAUACAACAAAACCUUAAUUUGUAUUUAAAACUCAAAAUAAACAAAUUGUAUUAAAAAGAACUUAACAAAACAACAACUAGUUUAACAAAGAAAAGAAACAAACAAAACAAAAAAACAUCAAACUGUGAUUAAACAAGAAAGCCAUCUCAAAAAUAUAAACAAAUUACUACUAAAUUUACAACAACAAUGAAAAACAAACAAUUGUUGUUAGAAAAUAUGCAACAAUUAUUUUAGAAAAUUGAAAAAAAAAAUUAAAAAAUGUUUAAAACAUCUUAGAAAGCUAACAAAAACAUUCAACAACUAAUUGUUAUUUAAUUAAAAAAAAAUUUGAAAAAAAUGAAAGAAAAUUUUAAAGCAAAUUUAUUAUCCACCAUUUGCAAUAUAAUUUUUAAAUUGAAUUUUAUAUUUUUUAGUUUUAGUAAUAAAACCUUUUUUUAAGAAGCUGUUAAGUUAUACAUAACAGGCCCAAUGGAGGCCUAGGCGUAUUUCUUCGGUUUUGAUGUAAAAUAACAUCUUCCUCUCAAGGUGAUGGAGACCUAGGUGUAUUUCUUCGUAUUUGAUGUAACGUAUAUACAUCUUGCUCUCAAGCCACUUGACUAAUUCUGCUAGGACUACGAGAUUCAAAAUACAAAACUAUCCAGUAAACGCGCCCACACAAAACGCCAGCUUGCUGGCACAAUCAUAUAUUUUUUUCACAAAUUUUGUGUUGUUGUAGCAGCGACACCUGAAGUUACACGUAUAUAUAAUUACAAAUUAUUCCCUACUUUCUUUUUCGUUCUGGUUAUCCAACUCCGUUAGAUCUAAACCCAGUAGACGAGCCGCAUCCAACGGCUGAGUCCAAAAGGAUUCAGGUUCCAACUGAGUUGGGUUUGCCCUGCAGUUAAAAAGAUGUUGAACAUUGUGUGGGUCUGUUCCACUCGCAGGACAAAGAUCUUGAAUGAUGUCGUUUAUUAUCAACCAGUACGAGUUUAAACGGGUACACCAUCCCGAUCUAAGUUGUGCCAAUACAACUCUUGUACGACGUGGUAGGUUUCGUUUCUCGUUUGCAACGGAUGAGGGACGACCUCCCAGUAUUAUACUAUCGCGAUGGGAAUUGAUUGAGUCUUCCACCGCUUGUUGAUGGAUAGUAUUCAAAGCUGUCCUAUAUGAGCUUUUGUCCUCUAUGUUAUCCAAGUGUCCUUGGAUGUCAUUCACAUACAUACGAAGAUCUUUCCUGACAUGCCUCGGGGGGUGUUCUAGCUCCGUUAGAUGGUGGUUCGGGAGGCUCCUCCGAUGACAUUCCGGUAGGAACUGCUUAGACAGCAUGAUGAUAUGUUCCUUAACUGAAAGCAUCUUCGUUUCGUUAUGCAUGCAGUUCUUCGCAUGUAAUUGGCGAGGCUGCGUUUUAAAAGCUUUGAAGCUUCUUCUACUGCGUGUCGCUAACUCUAGGUGUCCACACUGGCGCUGCGUAGUUUACCACUGACCGGCCAAUCGUUUGGUAGAUAGUCAACAAGGUUUCUUUAUCCAUUCCCCAAGUCCUGCGAGCUAGAGACUUGCGUACCUUGUUUCUAAUUCGCAUCUUGUGGCAGAUUGCAGUGGUGUGCGCUGAGAACAUAAGGAGGCUAUCGAAUGUGACAUCAAGUAUUUUAUGUUGUUAAGGUCGGAGCGAAUAAUUUAAAUAUUACAAAUAACUGACCCGUAAUCAUAUAAAAAUUAUCCCCAAAAUAUCUUUAUCUUAGAUUUCAUAGACAAAUUAUGAAAAUUGUAUUUGUAUGAGCAAAUUUCGCCAUACAUAGUACAAACAUGAUGGCACAAUCAAAAUAAUGUUGAUAUCAAACAAUCAGAUAAUACAAUCGCACCACAAACCCCAUGCACGUUCAAUGGGCUUACACAAUUAAUUGAUUGCGUCACCAUGCUGGUGUUGUUUAUAAGGUCCUUUAGAAAUACAAAUAGUUGUGACACUUUUAAGUCAAAAUCAUCUCAGUUCUAGAUCUGCUCUCAUAGUUAUUAGCAUGUGAAUAUUGAACAUCAAAAAACGGGUACUGAAAGAAAAAAGAACAAAAUUUCGUUUCGUUAUAAAAACUGAACAGAUUUUAAAGCUAUUCAAACUACUUAACAAGAUCUAUUUAAUUUUUAAAAACCAAAUAAAUUCCGUGCAAUAAUAUUUUCAUACAUUUUUGAAAAAUUAUAUUGUAAAAUGGUGAAAAUAAUGAAAAACAUCAAUCUCAAAAUUUGUAUAUUGUAGAAAAAAUUAUUUAAAAAUCUUGUAUGACUGUUGAUUAUAAUUUACAACAAAAACAAUAAAUAGUCUUUUUCACAUUUACAACUUUUUUGUUAAAAAAGAAAUAUUACAAAUGUAUUAACAAUUAUGUUCCAUUUAUCCUUAAAAGUGCAAUAAUAUUAAAACAAAUUCUGAGGAAUUAAGCUCAAAAUCCAAAAUUAUUUAAUGUGAUUUUAUUUAUUUUAAACAAUAUAUUUUUUUUACUCUAACAAAAUAGCAAAUAACUUAAAUUAAAAAACCUAAAAUGCAAAAAAGCAAAUAUAUAUUUUGAAAUGUAUUUAAAAAUUUUGUUUUACAUAGUUUUUUUUUUUAAAUAGAAAAACAUUAAAAAUUAACAACACGAUACAACCAAUGUAGGUGUUAAAAAGUUAUUGUGAUAAUAAUAAAUAAAGAAGGAAAAUAAAUCCCCGUUUAAGGAAUAUAAAAGGAAAGGAUUUGAAGAAAAUUAUAAAGGGUCUUUAUAAAAAGGCAAACAAGAUUUAAGAAUUUAACUUUUGAAAUAACAAGAAUAUUAACAAGUUUUCCCAGAAAACUUUUAAAUGUUUUCGAGAUUAGUGCCCUUAUUGUCUAUUGUUAUUAACAGCACAAUUUUUUCAAAAGAUAACAUCGAAAAAAGAUCUACGAUUUGUUUAAAACUAACACAACUAUGAUAAUAUUUUGUGUUUCAUUUCCUUUCCGUUAAAGAAGAAAACUUUUUAAAAAAAGAUCUCAAAAUGUAACGAAAAGAAAAACUUUUAUAAAUUGCAAACAAACAAACUUUUGUAUAAAUAUCAACGUUAUUUGUUGUGUCAAAUAUAGGGAAUUUAAUGCAAUAUUUAUAUAUUUAAAGAAACAAAAACAACAACAACAACAAAAGAAUAUGUACCUGAACAACUUAAAGUAUUUCUUUCUUAAUUACAAAAAAAAAACAAACAAACAAAACAAAGUACAACCAAAAAAACAAUUGAACACAAUGAAUUAACAAACGUAUCAACUUAAAGUUGUACUGUCUAAAACGAACAACUUGACACAAAUAAAAUCUUUGAAAAAAAAACAAAAUUUAAAAGGGAACCAACAAACAAACUUAUUGAUUAAA